GACCGGCGUCGGCCCGCCGCCUUCGCCGCCGCGGCGCUCCAACCUGAUCCCUCUGGCCCGGCCUGACCCGGCGUGGCCCGCCGGGGCUCAGCGGCCACGGGGUCGCGGCUCCCGAUGGAAAUCAUAUGACAGAAUAUUUGGGUGCCAUCAUCCUGACAGAUCUUCAAGAAUUGCAGAAGACAUAAACACUAAUGCUUUUGAGAAAGCAGUAAAGUUUGGGGGGAGGGGAAAAAGCAACUGCUUUCCUGAUCUGCAACUUGGCUGGAUGCUAAGAUGUCUGUGGACAUGAAUAGCCAGGGAUCUGACAGCAACGAAGAGGACUAUGAUCCAAACUGUGAGGAAGAGGAGGAGGAGGAGGAAGAAGAAGAUGAGGACCCUGGGGACAUAGAGGACUAUUAUGUGGGAGUAGCCAGUGAUGUGGAGCAGCAGGGGGCCGAUGCCUUUGAUCCUGAGGAGUACCAGUUUACUUGCUUGACCUACAAGGAAUCGGAGGGUGCCCUCAACGAGCACAUGACCAGCUUAGCCUCUGUGCUAAAGAACCGAUUGCAGACUUCCUCUCUUGUGCUCAGCAGAAAACUGAGGAUUGAGGACCCAUGGAACCUUUGGGUUUGGGAUUUCUGCACUGUAGCUAUGGCAGACCUGCUGGGACCUCUGCCUUCAGAGGGCAUUUCCCUGGUAGAAAAAAGGCCGUUGAUGCUCACUGCUAUCAGCUGCAUCCUCCCUAUGGCACUGGUAUCUCAUUCAGUUGCUAAACUCAUAUUAGUUAAUUUCCACUGGCAAGUCUCAGAGAUAUUGGACAGAUACAAGUCCAAUUCUGCUCAGCUGCUCGUUGAGGCUCGAGUUCAGCCCAAUCCGUCAAAACAUGUCCCUGCAGCCCAUCCCCCUCACCACUGCGCAGUGUGUAUGCAGUUUGUGCGGAAGGAAAACCUACUCUCUCUGGCUUGUCAGCAUCAGUUUUGCCGCAGCUGCUGGGAGCAGCACUGCUCAGUACUUGUCAAGGACGGCGUGGGCGUGGGAGUCUCUUGUAUGGCUCAGGAUUGCCUGCUCCGAACACCAGAGGACUUUGUGUUUCCGUUGUUGCCUAAUGAAGAAUUGAGAGACAAAUACAGACGCUACCUCUUCAGGGACUAUGUGGAGAGUCAUUACCAGCUCCAGCUGUGCCCUGGUGCAGACUGCCCCAUGGUUAUCCGGGUACAGGAGCCCAGAGCUCGCCGAGUGCAGUGCAAUCGAUGCAACGAGGUCUUCUGUUUCAAGUGUCGUCAGAUGUAUCACGCCCCCACAGACUGCGCCACAAUCCGGAAAUGGCUCACGAAGUGUGCAGACGACUCUGAAACGGCCAACUACAUUAGUGCUCACACUAAAGACUGUCCCAAGUGCAACAUCUGCAUUGAGAAGAACGGAGGCUGCAAUCACAUGCAAUGCUCCAAGUGUAAACACGACUUUUGCUGGAUGUGUCUAGGAGAUUGGAAGACCCAUGGCAGCGAGUACUACGAGUGUAGUCGGUACAAGGAGAAUCCUGACAUUGUUAACCAGAGCCAGCAGGCCCAGGCCAGGGAGGCCCUCAAGAAGUACUUGUUCUACUUCGAGAGGUGGGAAAACCACAACAAAAGCUUACAGCUGGAGGCACAGACAUACCAGCGGAUUCAUGAGAAGAUUCAGGAGAGGGUCAUGAACAACCUGGGGACGUGGAUUGACUGGCAGUACCUACAGAACGCUGCCAAGCUCUUGGCCAAGUGUCGAUACACCUUGCAAUACACCUACCCAUAUGCAUACUACAUGGAGUCUGGACCCAGGAAGAAACUGGCCCUGCCCUGGCUACAAUCCUUUCUCCUUUUGACCCUCCUGCUCUGCCCAUACAGUUUGAAUACCAGCAGGCUCAGCUGGAGGCUGAGAUCGAAAACCUGUCGUGGAAGGUGGAGCGCGCAGACAGCUAUGAUAGAGGGGACUUGGAGAACCAGAUGCACAUAGCGGAGCAGCGGAGGAGAACCCUGCUGAAGGAUUUCCAUGACACCUAGGUCAGGACGUGGACGGGCCGGGGUGAGGAAGAUGCUGCUGAGAGGUCUCCCGGCUGCAACACUGCAUGCUGCAGGCUCUGCCUUUCACAAACCCAGGCGACAGCCAGGGCCCCACUCCUGAGAGACACUGGCAACACACCUCUUAGUCGAUUUCUGUUCUCAUUUUUUCGCUUUUUGUUUCUACCAGGGUAGAAGCCAUGUUGAAUUGGCUUCUUUUCAGAACUUUUAAUUCCCCCUGGAUGAUUGGGAGGGAGGGGAAGUUUUUUUCUGAAUGGCUAUUAAUAGUAUUAGAUCGUUACAACUUAUGUAAUUUUCAAAGGUUGUAUAAUUAUACAAAAAAGAAAAAAAAAAAAGGCAAACCGUAGAAUAACAAGAACCCUUUUUAAAAAUAAAUUGGCAUUGGAGUGUUUUACCCUCUAGCUAUUUUACUUAGGACAUAACAUAAUGCUGCCCACCCAUCCUGCCUCAGCAGUCUGACCUGCAGAAGGGCCUCAGGUGGCCUCCGUUUUCCAGAUUCACGUGUGUUUGGCCACAGCGGGAGUCCCAAGGAAAGAGCAUGGGUGACAGGUGGUGGGGAGUUGAGGUGGCUUAUGCAGUGGGUGUGGAGUGCAGGGAGUCACGUCAUGCCUCCUGCCUGGUCCUUGUAGACCCUUCUGUGGUGAGGUGUUGCUGCCUCACGGUGGCAAUGAGGAGAAAGGUACAGGACGAGGUUUUCUUGCCACAGGUGUCCUCUCUGAUGACACUGCGGUCUAUGGGCUUGUCUUUAUUCUUGAAAGUGAGGCUUACCCAGGCCUGGCUACUGAGGCCAGUGCCCACAGCAGAACACAGGUGUGCUUGUGGCCCUCCAGACUAGGAAAUGCAGGUUCAGCACAAUGUUUCCUUUUGUCUCUUAAAGGUGGAGAUUGAUCCACUUUUCAAAGAAAUUAUUCCCCAAAGUACAUUUGUUUUACCUUGGUACCUUCAUUGUAUCAGUGUUCCAGUGAUGGUAACUCUGACCAGGGUCAUGCACCUGUAUUGUUCUGCUGCACCCUCUUCUGGUGAGCGUCAUGGUCAGAGUUCACCUUCGUCCUCUCAAGGGCCCUGGCCUUCCAGGCUCAGGUGCCAGGUUUCAUGUCACCUGGAGUACAGCCGGCGAUUGCUCUGAGCAUGCUCUGUCUGGUUCCACCCAUCAGACAGUACCACCUCUAGGGCCUGGGAGCCUGUGGCCAGGAGGCUGUGGUUUGUGGUCUCGGCUCUUAUAUUAUGAGGGGCCAUGGGGUGGGGAGGGGAGAGGGCCAACUUAGGGAACACAGUCGAGCUGAAGGGAGCCAGAGGUUCAGUUGGUAUCCUACCUGGACCUGUGGGCCUUGGAGAAGUUUGAUCUGUGGUGUUUGUGUGGUGCCUCCACUCCGAGACUGGCAGAGCUGCCUGGGCUCAAAACAGGGCCUUCUUGACCCCCUGGAAGAGUUGGUAGGGAGAUGAUCUGUGAAUAUUAUGUUGGAAAAUUCUUCGUUAUUCAUACAUUUUCACCUCCAGUCAGCAAUUUCCCAGGUACCAUGUAAGCUGUGAAACUGAAUCACCCUUGAAGACAGAGGACAGCUGUGACUCUUGGGGAACUGGGGUACGUGGCUGGCUGCAGAGUCCCUUUCUCCCUUCUCAGGUUUUGUCUUCCUGUCAUCCUCAGCCAGCAAGGAGGGACUGUGGGCUGGGAUGGAAGAACAAGUUAGGAGUGUGGCACACAAACCCAGAGUAGGUCAGUGGAGAGCUUGUUGUGAAGAAGGCAGGCACCUGCCACGGGCACAACAGUGGGCUCUGAAUGCUGUGUUCGCACAUGGAAGAUCCUGGUGUCUGGGGCCUUUACCUCUCUGUUGCGUCCUUUCUGUGGCAUCGCGAUGGCCCAAGGACCUGAACUGCAGCUCCACCCCCUGAGCUGUACCCUGGGCAUUUUCUGGAUGGCGUGGCUGCCACGUUCUGCACUUGCAUCUAGCUGUGGCCCUGACCACUGGAGCUGCAGGGGGUUCUGUGCCCAGCCCCGUAGCCUGCAGUCCUUGACUGUGGAGAGCUUCCUUUUGUGCCUCCAGUGGCUGUCCUUCAUUAAUGUGAGGAAGAUGAGAAUGGCUGGGCAGAAUUUUUCUGUCCUCUAAAGAAUAGAAGAGAAAGGAAGGCACAGUGUUUUCAUGAAUUUACCAUAUCUCUUUGCUUUUCUUCAAAGAAAGUUAAUUGAGGCAAUGUCAUCUGCUCAGAGUUGAGUGGUUUCUUCAAAAUAAACUGUAAGUUUCUGAUUA